AUGUCUCCUCAUGCCAAACUCUCGCGGAUACGGCCACGGUCGGUGAUCGCUCUCACCGGCCGAGCUGCAGGUCUAACUAGAGGCGUUGGCCGGCGCCAUCACCAUGACCUGAACCACUUCAUUGCCCGAGCUGACCAGCAGUCCGAACCAUUGGCACACGGCAAAGGACCGGCUCCCUUCAAGUUAGCAGUCAAAGACAAUAUCGCGACGAAAGACCUCCCGACGACAUGCGCCUCCGCCAUCCUCGCAGAACACGCCAGCCCUUUCGAGGCGACCAUCGUGCGCCAGCUCCGCGAGCGCGGCGCCGUGGUCGUCGGCAAAACCAACAUGGAUGAGUUCGGCGUCGUCCCGUACGCGAACUCUCUCGACACGGUCGGCCUGUUGGCGAGCAGCGUUGUCGCCCUCGAGAAGCUCGUCUUCGAGACGGGCCUGGAUCUGGAGCAUGACCCGAACGACCCUACGUCUCUGUCGAGCGAGUUCCGCCAGAGCCAGGCGCAGCAAGCGCCCGAGCAGCGGCGCCUCAAAGUCGGCCUGCCGCUCGAAUACAACAUUGAGGAGCUCGACCCCCAGAUCCAUGCCGCGUGGGUCAAAACCGCCGAGACGCUGCAGGAGCUGGGCGUCGAUGUCGUGCCUGUCUCGCUGCCAUCUACGAGACACGCUCUCUCCGCGUACUAUGUCAUCGCCCCAGCCGAGGCGUCUUCGAACCUGGCCAAGUAUGACGGUGUCCGCUACGGCAAGCGCGGCGAGGGGAGCGACGCGACGGGCCAAGUCCUCUACUCGGAGACGCGAGGCAAUGGUUUUGGGGAUGAGGUCAAGAGGCGCAUCCUGCUUGGUUCUUACAGUCUGAGUUCGGAGGCUAUGGACAACUACUUUAUACAGUCGCAAAAAGUGCGCAAGCUCGUGCAGCGGGACUUUGACCGCGUGUUCCGCCUCGAAAACCCCCUCUAUGACGAGCAGCAAUUCGACCUGAGCGACAUGACGGGUGACGUCGAGCUGGAGAACAAGCUUGGCCCCCAGCAGGUUGACUUUCUCCUGUGUCCCACGGCGCCCUCUUUUCCUCCGAGGAUCGAAGAUGUCGAGAAGCAGACCCCUGUUCAGUCGUACACAAACGACGUGUUCACUGUCCCGGCCAGUCUGGCUGGGCUUCCUGCCAUCAGCAUCCCGGUUCCGAUUCAGUUUCCGUCUCCCGAGGCCGACGACAGCCGAAAGGUGGCUGGGUUGCAGAUCAUCGGGCAGUACUGGGAUGACAAACGCGUGCUGCAGAUAGCAAGGCGUCUUGCGGAGAAGCUCGCGGCGUAA